AUUUUUUUUUCAUUCUCUCUUUAUAUAUUCAUAUAAUUUGGCAUUUACAAUUCCAUCAUUAUUGUAUGUUCGACUGAUGUUACCACUAUUCACGGAAUUUAAGCGCAUGUUCAUCGCAAAACGAUAUUACCUUAGGGCGGAUUGGUAUGUAUACGUUAGAUGCAAGAAUGGUGAUGGACAAAAAGUUGGCUACACUUUGUCGGGACCCGAUUCGAUGAUGCAUCAUUAUUGCUUAUAUUGUAUGCAGUAUAUUAUAAUAAGUGAAAGCAAAUGUAUCUCUGUGUGUGUGUGUUUGUGGAUGUAAUAAUCACAGUUAAAGAAUAUUCGUGAGCACUUAUAUCCGCAUCGUAUAUAUUGUCCGGUGUUCUAUCUUAGGUGCUCUUUUUUUAUUGUUUGGUGAGAAUAACACAAAAUUAUUCGUCUUGUUUGUUUCGGCUAUGGCCACACCAUCAUGUUCAUCGUAAUUUCAUUAUUAUUAUUGGCCAUCAUUUCUAGAUCUAAUUUAAUUGAAUUUAAUGUUCACUUUUAUCAUUUGUCUCAUCACUAUCGAUUGGAAAGUUUGCCGUAGCCAGAAUGUAUGUCAUUCAACAUAUAAUGCCAUCAUCAUCGAUGAAUUGUAACUACAUCCUUUUGAGUUGUAUCAUUCUACUAGCAAUGAUCAUUGCUCCAGUUCGAUCAUUAAAAUGUUUCAUAUGCCAUACAAAUGAUAAUGAACAUUGUAAACUACAAGAUUGUCCAGUUGAUCAGGCAUAUGAUCGAUGUAUGACUACUUUGUAUAAGAAUCCUACUGAUGGACUAAAUAUUAAAAAAGAAUGCGCUCUAGCUCCAUGUCAUCUGCGUGGUCUUAAACAAUUGAAUUUUGCCAAUUUCAAAUCAAAUUGUGAAUCAUCGAAACAAGAUGAUUGUAUAUAUUGCUGUACGGAGGAUGGUUGCAAUAAAGAUUCGGCCAUCAAAUUGAUGGCCAAUGCUACAUAUAUUAUCAAUGUAAUAAUCAUAUGCCUUAUAGUUUCAUUACUAUCAUCAUUUUUAUCAACAACAACAUCAACCAUGAUCAUUUAAUAAUAUAACAAUCUCCAUCUUAAAUAUGUAUCAUCAUAAAAUAUUGGGAAAAUAUUCUGAAGAAGUUAAAAAAAAAUAUCAGAAUCACUCAAAGCAUAAUAUUGAAUAUUCUGUUUCUUGUUUUUGCAGAAUUUUCAUUAUUAAAGGAUUUUUUUUUCGCUUUUGAAAAAUAUCAUUUUCAUCAUCACAUUCGUAGAUACUAAAAAGUACCACACAUGUAAUCACAAAUAAACACGGAUCCACACGAUCAUUCCAAAGAAAAAUACAAUAAAUUCGAACAAAAAAUGGUGAAAUGUGCCAAAAGUAGUUUUGUAAUGAUGUGUCUAAUCAAAUGACAUUGCAUCAAUUAGAAUAAUCAUUAUGGGAAUUAAAAAAAUUCAUAAAAAAACCAACACGAAAUAGCAACAUUUUUUGUGUAAAAAAAAAAAAUAAAUACCUGAUAUAGCAUACAAUCUCUCUCUAUACUGACAUAGUGAAAUAAUUUAUGAAUAAAUAAAAAUGUCUUGUUGUAAAAUUCAAUGUUGUUGUUGUUGUUGUUG